CCCUGCAAAGGGGGCGGGGAGGGCUUUCCUGGGACAGCGAAAAGCCGGUCACCAAGAGUGUGCGGGUAACGGGGGAGGCGGCUGCCCUUGCAAAUAGAGGAGGCGUCGAUGUGUGAGGAGGGGGCAGUGCAGCCGCCCUGAUUUUGCACCCUCAACUUGGAAUCCUACCUUGUGCUUACCUGGAACCAAGAUCCGUUGAACACAUGGGGCUGAUUGUGGCAAGCGAAAAAUCCAUUACUUGUUUGACAAUGGAAAGGAGAUGGCUGAGGAGUAUGACAUGAAGACCAACCAGCUGCUUUUGAGGAAAUGGAGAGAGAAAAAUACUCUGGGGGCUUAUGGCAGUUGGCAGGUCGAGGUGGGAGAGCCAACCCUGCCUGCAAUGGGAAUCCUGGAUCGGGAGCUCAUAAUGGAGAGUAGUGCCAAUCCCAUCUUUAUGCGAAAAGAUACCAAGAAUGCCUUCCAGUGGCGGAUUCGGAACUUGCCAUAUCCUAAGGACGUCUACAGGGUUUCAGUGGAGAAGGAUCAGCACUGCUGUGUUAUUCGCACAACAAACAAGAAGUAUUACAAGAAGUUCUCUAUUCCUGACCUAGACAGAUUCCAGCUGCCUUUGGACUGCACUGCUGUGAGCUUCACACAUGCCAGCAAUACACUGAUUAUCACAUAUCAGAAACCACCAGAGAUUCUGGCUGCAGAGAAGGAACUACAAAAGGAGCUUGAAAAGAUCCAGGCAGCUAAUACUGGAGAGGGAGAGUGCAAGACCCAAUAGCUGCAAAACGUCCUACGUGUAUAUAUUUUGCUACUUUUCUUUACAAAUAAAUAUAUUGACUGGCAAUUAAA